AUGGAAGCAUCAAUUGGGUUAAUAGAUACUGCGGGGCAUGCUUCUGGAAGCAAAGAAUUGCUCUGGUCGGCUUCUAUUUUUGCUGGGAUCAUCAUGUGCAAAACUGUUUAUGAAUUAACAGGUGUGGUUAGCCCUAUAUUAUUCAAGGGAUACAGCAAACUCGACAACAAGGUGAAACUUGAAUGGAACAACCGAGGGUUCUCUACUGUUCAUGCCAUUAUUGUGGCGGCUGGUUCUCUAUAUCUCUUGCUUGCAUCAAAUCUAUUUGAUGAAUCUGACGAUGAGUUGAUUGUCAAUAGAACAUCAACUUUGUCAGACACCAUACUGGGGGUAUCCAUUGGUUACUUUCUAACGGACUUGGCAAUGAUUAUUUAUAACUUUCCAGCAUUAGGUGGCAUGGAGUAUGUUUUGCACCAUGGACUCUCUAUGUACUCAAUUAUUCAAUCACUUUUGAGCGGUCAAGCACUGAUUUACAUACUGAUGGUUCUCUUUUCCGAGAGCACAACUCCCUUUGUUAAUCUAAGAUGGUAUCUUGAUGUUGCUAGUCAGAAGUCGUCUAAACUGUACAUCUUCAAUGGUGUGGCUUUGUUCUUGGGGUGGCUGGUAGCGAGGAUUCUUUUGUUUGUCUACUAUUUCUACCACAUGUUUAUCCAUUUUGAUCAGGUCAAGGAAGUCUACCCUUUGGGCUUCUACAGCUUGCUUGCUGUACCCCCGGUGUUGACAUUAAUGAACUUAUUCUGGUUCUGGAAAAUAGCGAGAGGCUUGGUCAAAACCUUGAAGAAGGCAAGACACAAUGAGUAG